AUGAGAAAUACAAAGCCGUUUCUCCCUCGGCAUUUCCUCUCCUUUCAAAGAGCGCUGGAGCCCAAAGCGCUCAAAGAGGGCAAGGAGCCGCGGGCUCGGGGGUGCUCUUUGACUUUCUACGCCCUUCCUGUGCCCGCUGGUGCCCCUUCCUGGGGAUGCCAUCCUGGUCGUGGAGGAGACACCGCCCCCCCUCCCCGGUCGCUCUCUCUCUCUCUUUCUCACCUGGGGCCGCUGGCUGAAGUAGUCUGGGUGGAGUUCGCGCUGCAGGGCCCGGAACUGCUGCUGGAGACGGGCUGCGUCCAGGCGGAAGAUUGCGUGAAGAGCGAGUAUUGGUUCGGCAGAGACACGCACUGCGACUACAGCUUUCUCAGGACCAACGGGGGCGACGCAGACCUCUAUAAGCAGUACAGCAAGAAGCACUUCCGGAUCUUCCGAGAAUCGGGGCCCGGGAGCUGCUCCGUGACCUACAUCGAAGACCAAAGUGCCAAUGGAACCUUCAUCAACGGAAAGCUCGUCGGGAAGGGCAAGAAGCUUCCGAUGCCCCACGUGGCCGAAAUUGCUCUCUCCUUGCCCCAUAAUAAAACCCUUCUGUUUUCAGACCUUUCAGUGGAUCAUCGCCAGCUGGAGUAUCCCAAGCAGCUGACGGAGAAAUACAUCAUCUCCAAAACUUUGGGGACUGGUGCCUGUGGAGAAGUGAAGCUGGCCUUUGAAAGAGAGACCUGUAACAAAGUCGCCAUAAAGAUAAUAAACAAGAAGAAAUGCAUGGCGGAUGUUUUGCCAGAGAAUGACAAGCCGUUCAAUGUGGAAACAGAAGUGGAGAUUUUGAAGAAGAUUGAUCACCCUUGCCUGAUCAAGAUAAAAGACUUCUUUGAAGGAGAGGAUUUUUACAUUGUGUUGGAACUGAUGGAAGGCGGGGAGCUAUUUUACAAAGUUCUGCGCCCAGCUAAGCUGAGUGAAGCCACCUGCAAGCUCUAUUUCUAUCAGAUGCUGUUGGCUGUGCAGUAUCUUCACGAGCAUGGCAUUAUUCACCGGGAUUUGAAACUGGAGAAUGUGCUGUUGUCGUCUCACGAGGAGAAGUGCCUUAUAAAGAUUACAGAUUUCGGACAAUCCAAAAUUCUUGGAGAAACGUCGUUCAUGAAAACACUGUGCGGGACUCCGGACUAUCUCGCUCCCGAGGUGCAAAAUUUUGCUGGGACAGGCGGCUACGGACGAUCCGUGGACUGCUGGAGCUUAGGGGUGAUUCUCUUUGUCUGCCUUUCCGGGUAUCCCCCCUUCACCGACAAACAUCCUCGGCUGUCUUUGCGGGAGCAGAUUGCCACAGGAGAAUACUACUACUGUGAAGAAAUAUGGAAACAUGUGUCGAAGGAAGCUUUCGAUCUGGUGAAGAAGUUGCUUGUGGUGGAUCCAGACAAGCGCCUUAAAAUAGAAGAGGCCCUGGAGCACCCCUGGCUACAGGAUGAGACCAUGAAGCACACUUUUCAACAGUUAGUCUCUCAAGCAGGGGAGUCAGCCAUGCCCGCAGAAGUUCCAACUUUGCCGGCCACUAGUAGAAAACGCCACCGGGCAGAGCAGGAGCAGCAGCCGGGCCCUUCCAAAAUAGCCAGAUUGAAGCAGUGAAUGAGCCCGGAGGGCUGAUAACGGUUGUAUUUUUUUUAAAAACGAGGAUUUUAGAAAUCUUGUCUAAAGAUUAUUUUUUUCUGUGGAAAAAAUGUAUAAACCAAAUCACUCCUAAAUUAAAUUCCUUUUUUU